AUGUCGUGUACAAAGCAAAUCUUCGUGAUGAAUAGCGGUGAACGUUUAGAGGAGCAUGUGAUUUUCCUUAUCAAGGUAAUCGAUAUAUCGAUUAAUUCCAUCGAACUUUCCACAGUCAUAUUUAGAUCGCCGAUCAAAGCCGCAAUGCCAGCAGUUUGCAACGUCAAUCAAGCUCAACAAUGGGAUGAAAAUUAUUCAAUAAAAUCAAUAAUUGCAGAAAAUUUUGAUCAAUCGUUGAAAAUGAACGCUCUCGAGUUCUGCACGGCAUUACCUUACCAUGUCAUUAUCGAUGAACAUUGUCGUCUGGUACAGACCGGGAAGGAGUUGGCGAAUCACAUCCCGAAAGAGCUCCUGGCCGUUGGAACGCCUAUAAUGCGAAUUUUUGAGGUGAACAGACCUCAAAUCCCCUUCGAUUUCGACAAUAUUUGCAAUUUUAUCAAUGCAGUUUUUGUGUUACAAGUGAGAACUUCACCUACAGAUAUGCGUAAUCAACGUGAACAAUCGGAUAGGUGAGA